AUGAGUGACAGCGUUUCCUCCUCCUCCGCCUCCUCCGCCUCCUACUCCUCCUCCUCCUCCUCCUCCUCCUCCUCCUCCUCCUCCCAUGUUCCACGCCUUCCACUUGUACGAAAUCCCUAUUGCAACUCAAUCACUCUAAUUACCGACCAACUUGAAUUUACCCCGUUGCAAUAUUCAUAUUCGCACCUGAUGGGCAUUUAUCGGAAGUAA